AUGCCAGCCAUGGCAGUCACUGUGAUGGAGGGCGAGAAGCCCACAGAACAGCGUCAAGUCAUCCUGUUUGGUGACUUGAGCCUGGUCAAUCUGGAAGACUCCUUCAAGCGCCUUUUGCAUGUCAAGACCAACCCGCUUCUUACUUCAUUCUUUGAUCGAGUGAAUUAUUCGUUACGAAGACUACUGGAUGAGCUGCCUCUAGAACAACAAGAUCUUAUCCCUCAUUUCACUACCCUCGUUGACCUCAUCUCAAGACUCGGUGAGACAAGCGGAACUCCAGUGCUUGCAUUCUUCCUUCUCAGUGUGCAGCAAGUGGCCCAAUGUAUUGUAUAUUUCUCGCACGGGUCUAGGACCUUCCCUCCAGCAAAUACCUGUCUCAUUGGUCCUUGUACAGGCGGGUUUGCCGCAUCAGCCCUAGCUUGCUCCUAUAAUCUGUCAGACUUCGUCACCAAUGGUGUUGAAGCUAGUAUUGCGGCCUUCAAAACAGCUUUGCUCUCCUUCCUUGUUUCCCAAAGCUUUUCGUCUCGCUCUCAGUCAGACAAGUUCUCCUCAUGGUCUGUCGCCGUGAGCUCUCGGGGAGACAAGAGCGUUGAGGAAAUGGCACGGGAAUACAUGGCCGUCAAGACACCCCUUCGUGAUUCAAUUCUUUGGAAAAGUGCCGCUACUGCCGGUCAGACGGUCACGCUAAGCGGAAAUCCCUCAGUUUUGAAAGAGUUCUUGGAUACAAACUCGACCCAACUAAAGUAUAAAUCACUGGAGAUUGAAACUCCCUAUCAUGCAGCACACUUGUUCUGUGAAGCGGAUGUCGAAGAGAUAGUUGGACAGUUAGCGGACACAAAGACAAACGAGCGCCAACCUCGAUUGCCUCUGCUUUCCUCUGCCACUGGACGGGCACUUUCUGCUCCCAGCUUUAUUGCUCUACUGCGCUCUGUCGUGCAUGAGACUCUUUUGGAGCCCGUUCGAUGGGACCUGAUUCUUGACUCGUGUCGGGCAUGGUCAACACAGGGGGGUGCUCAGGAAUGUGCAAUCCUUCCAUUCUCUAGCAAUGCGGCCACAAUGAUCGCCUCCGAGCUUACGAAGCAAAAAGAUCUCCAAGUAACAAUCAGUGAUGUGACAGGUUCCGGCCGGAUAGAUGAGCAGAACUUGCCCACAGGGCGCUUUGAUCAGUCGAAGAUUGCCAUCAUCGGAUAUUCAGGUCGUUUCCCCUCCGCAGAGUCCAACGAAGCCUUUUGGGAACUCCUUAGGGCUGGCCGAGAUGUCCAUCGCGAGAUUCCAAAGGAAAGAUUCGACUGGGAGAAGUACCAUGACCCGACCAGCAAAAAGAAGAAUACUAGUCGUGUCAAGUAUGGAUGCUGGAUUGAUGAGCCUGGUCUCUUUGAUACCAAAUUCUUCAACAUGUCUCCCAAGGAGGCUGAAAACACUGAUCCAGCUCAACGGUUAGCCAUCACAACCACAUACGAAGCCAUGGAGAUGGCUGGUAUGGUACGCAACCGCACAGCGAGCACGCAGCAGGACCGCGUGGCUGUCUUCUUCGGCACGACUAGUGAUGACUACAGAGAAGUCAACAGCGGUCAAGACAUCGGAACAUACUUCAUUCCUGGUGGCAAUCGAGCUUUUGUGCCUGGCCGUAUCAGCUAUUUCUUCCGUUUCUCCGGGCCUAGUCUCAGCGUCGAUACCGCAUGCUCAUCCAGUUUUGCUGCUAUCCAGGCUGCAUGUGGCUAUCUAUGGAGAGGAGAAUGCGAUACAGCUAUUGCUGGUGGCACCAAUGUACUGACCAACCCGGACAACUUUGCAGGUCUAGAUCGCGCUCAUUUCCUGUCGACGACUGGAAACUGCAAUGCCUUCGACGAUGAAGCCAAUGGAUAUUGUCGAUCCGACGCUGUCGGAUCCGUUAUUCUGAAGCGACUCGAAGAUGCUGAGGCGGACUGUGACCCAAUAUUCGGUGUCAUCCUAGGGACCAACACAAAUCAUUGUGGUCAAACAGAGAGUAUCACCCGACCCCAUGAGGGUGAUCAAGUCAGCGUUUUCAAGAAUAUUAUGCGCCACUCAGGUAUCGAUCCCACUGAUGUCGGCUAUGUUGAAAUGCACGGCACUGGAACGCAAGCCGGAGAUGCUACUGAGAUGAACUCAGUCCUGUCAGCAUUUGUUCCUGAGUACAAGAGAACGCAGAUGCGUCCAGAGCGGCCACUAUAUCUGGGCUCCGCCAAGGCAAACAUUGGACACGCUGAGUCUGCAUCGGGUGUCUCUUCACUGAUUAAAGUCAUGAUGAUGAUGAAGCACAACGAGAUCCCACCUCACUGUGGUAUCAAGAAUCGCAUCAAUCAUAACUACCCACUUGAUCUUGCUCAGCGAGGUGUGAACAUUGCUUUCGAAAUCAAGCCAUGGCACCGUGAGGAUGCUCCUUCUGGUCGACGUGCAGUGUUCCUGAACAACUUCAGUGCAGCUGGUGGAAACACCGCUAUGUUGGUGGAGGAUGCGCCAGUUCCAAAAUCAAUGGAAAACAUGCAGGAUGCGCGCUCCACACAGCUCGUCACUGUUUCCGCCAAGUCUUCAAAGUCAUUGUUGUCCAAUGUCAACUCUCUUGUCGCAUCCCUUGAGGCAAAGCGCACACCUGUAUCGGCUGCUAUCCUUUCAUACACUACAACAGCCCGAAGAAUGCAUCACAACUAUCGCCUUGCUGUGUCUGGUUCUGACCUGCAAUCUAUCAAAUCGGCUCUCCAUUCGUGGGUGCAGGAGAAUCAAUCAAAUAUUUCUGACUUGAAACCAAUCCCUGCCAGUCCUAAGAAGCAGGCACGACUGGUUUUCAUGUUCUCUGGACAGGGAACCCUAUAUGCGGAGAUGGGCAAGCAGCUAUUCACCGUGAACGAUGCCUUCCGCACCACCCUUCUCAAGCUCAACCGCCUAGCUCAAAUUCAAGGCUUCCCAUCAUUCCUCGGUCUCAUUGAUGGGACCGUCACCGCAGCGGAAGUUCCAAAUGUCAGUGCGGUCGUAUCGCAGCUGGCUCUUGUCUGUGUCCAAGUUGCUCUCUUCGAGCUUUGGAAGUCCUGGGGCAUUGCUCCAGCAGCCGUAAUCGGCCACAGUCUCGGUGAAUAUCCUGCUCUAUAUGCAGCAGGUGUUAUCGGGACAGCAGACAUGAUCUACUUGGUAGCAACGAGAGCAGCACUGCUUGAGAAAUUGUGCACGCGCGGGACACACUCGAUGCUUGCAAUCAAGGCAUCCCAAGAUGUGGCCAAUGAAUUGAUGAGAGCCUCACUUGUGGGUGAUGAGUGCGAGAUAGCUUGUGCAAACCAGCCUUCAGGCCAUGUGAUUGCCGGUCCAGGAGACAAGAUUGCAGAGAUCUCGCGACAGGCAGCACAAAAGGGAGUGGAAGUGGUGAAAUUGGAUGUUCCAUUCGCCUUCCACUCCCCUCAGGUGGAGCCUAUAUUAUCAGCAUUUGAAGAGAGUGCAUCGCAGGGAGUGGUAUACAACCCUCCUGCCAUCCCGGUCCUCUCGCCACUUUUAGGAAGGGUUAUACCUGCUGGAGAGCAAGGUACUUUGACCUCUCAAUAUCUCUCCUCCGCUUGCAGAAAGCAGGUCAACUUCACCGAGGCCCUCUCCUCUGCUACGGAGUUUGCAGACCUUGACCGUACGAUCUGGCUUGAGAUCGGUGCUCAUCCUGUAUGCAGCGGCAUGGUCAAGGGUUCAAUUGACUCGCGCGUGAAGACCGUUGCAACCCUGCGUCAGAAGGUUGAUCCAUACCAGACCUUGACUGCCGGACUAAAGACUUUAUACCUGGCAGGUCUUGACAUCAACUGGAACGAGUAUCAUCGCCACUUCCCAGCAGCCCAUCAAGUCACCGAGCUUCCUAGAUACUCAUGGGAUUUGAAGAACCAUUGGAUUCCAUACCGCAAUGAUUUCCUUCUGACAAAGGGUGGAGAAGCCCCCAAAGAGGUUGCUCCACCACCACCGGCUCCUGUACGAAAGUAUCUCUCUCCGUGUGCGCAGCAGAUAGUUGAGGAGACUCAUGGCACCGACCGUUCAUAUAUGAUGGUGGAGUCCGAUAUCUUUGACGAGAGAUUGCUUCCUGUGCUGCAGGGACAUCUUGUCAAUGGAGCAGCUCUGUGUCCAUCGUCAAUGUACGCUGAUCUUGCUUUCACCGUGGCUGAAUACCUGGUGCGCCAUUCCCCUAACCAGCUCCCACCUGCUACUACCGGCCUUGAUGUGGCAAACGUCAAAGUAUUCAAUCCUCUCAUUGCCAAAACCAAUGAAACCUCGCAUCUGUUCCGCUUCUCAGCAAAUGCAGACUGGGCUGCCAAUCGUAUUGCUAUGGAGAUCUUCAGUGUCAACGCUACAGGAAAACGCACAACAGCACAUGCCAAGUUUGAAGUCAAUGUGUUCCCGCAACACCAAUGGCUAAAGGAGUGGAAGCGCAACACUCAUUUCAUCACAGCGCGCAUCGAUGCCCUGAAUGCUAGCAUUCACAAUCCAAACACAGAAACGCAUCUCAUCAAGCGUGGACUAGCUUACAAGCUGUUCGCUGCUCUUGUUGAUUACAGUAAAGACUACCAGGGCAUGUCGGAGAUCAUCCUUGACAGCAAUCGACUGGAAGCGGUAUCUACCGUUCAGUUCCAGAUUGGCAAGGAGGAGUUCUGCAUCAACCCACGGUGGAUUGAUAGCCUGGGUGGUGUGGCUGGGUUCAUCAUGAAUGCCAACGAUGGAGUCAGCAGCAAGGAUCAGGUCUUUAUCAACCAUGGGUGGGAGACUAUGCGCAUUGCGGAGCCCUUCCAGGAAAAGAAGACUUACCAGGCCUACAACCGGAUGCAGUUGGUUGAGGGCACAACUUACGCUGGAGAUACGUAUAUCUUGGACGAGGGUCGUAUUAUUGCCGUCUUUGAGGGUGUUACGUUCCAAGGCGUUCCCCGUCGUGCGCUUGACCACCUCCUCCCAGGAAACAGCCCUAAGCCCAGCUCAGUGGCCAAGCAAGCUUCUCCUCCAGUUCCUGUGAAGCAAGCUCCCGCAAAAUCAGCCCCAUCACCGCCUGUCCGUCAAGCUACCUCCAAGCCAAAGCCAGUUUCGCAGUCCUCCUCGAAUGUGUUCAAUCGCAUUCUAGCUUUAAUAAGCGAGGAGGUGGGUGUUGGAAUGUCCGAUCUUACUCCUGAUGCCGAGUUCGCAAAUCUUGGAGUAGACUCCCUUCUAUCUUUGACUAUUACUGCCAAAAUACGGGACGAGAUGGGUCUUGACUUCCCAUCAUCUUUGUUCGUUGACGAGCCUACAGUGGGUGAACUUCGAGCUCUAGUGGCAAACACAGAAGAAGAAGAAGAAGAAGAUACACCCAGUGGCACGUCAAGCGGCGAAGAAGACUAUUUUGCUGAAUCCCAGGCCUCCAGUCGCGCCACUUCCGUGGGAGUCUUGACCCCAGACGGCGAUGGAUCUUCGUCUUCUUCUCCUGAAAGUGCGAGGGUUGCCCUAGUCCUGCGCCAGGUCAUUUCUGAAGAGACCCAGGUUGCUAUGGAUGAGCUCAAGUCCCACACAUGUCUAGCGGAUAUCGGCGUGGACUCACUUCUUGGGCUUACCAUUAGUGGUAGACUCCAGGAGCUCUUGCAAGUUGAGAUUCCAGGCAGCAUGCUGAUGGAACUUGAGACAGUGCAAGAAUUGGAAGAGGAACUCUACAAUGUUAUGGGUCUUGAAAAGCCACAGGCAAAGCCUAGCGUCUCCCCAUCCAAGCCUCAGAUUCCCUCGAUUUCUCAAGUCAAGUCCAUCCCAGCCACAGCGCCCGGAAAUGCGAAUUCGUCUCUCCCCCAGGCGACUUCGAUUCUCCUUUCCGGCUCGCCCAAAACUGCCCAGGUGAUUCUUUUCCUGUUCCCCGACGGCUCCGGAUCCGCUUCGUCCUAUGCAGCGCUAGCCCCAGCCGUGACUCCCAGCACCGUGGCCGUGUACGGGUUGAACUGUCCCUGGCGCAAGACAGCCACCGAGAUGACACGUUUGAAGAUCACCAUGUCUAGCAUGGUCGCUCAAUACCUCCCCGAAGUCCAGCGACUCAUCCAAGGAGCUCACGCACAAGGCAACACAAAGGCAUCCAUCGCACUCGGAGGCUGGUCAGCCGGCGGAAUCCUUGCCUUCGAAGCAAUCCGACAAAUGAGCCAGCAACAAAACACAGCCAAGAUCUCCCACCUCGUCCUGCUAGACUCGCCCAACCCAAUUGGUCUACAGAACCCACCCAAAAGGAUGUUUGAUUUCUUCGACAGCCUGGGAAUCUUCGGCUCAGCACCGACUAAGAACGGCGUCAAGCCCAAGACCCCAGAAUGGCUGCUCGAACACUUCAAUGCGUUCAUCACUAUCCUGGACGAGUAUGAGCCGUCUCCACUGCCAAAUGCGCCAGCUUCGCUGAUGAUCUAUGCUCGCGAUGGAGUGUGCAAAGAUCCUAACGGGCCAAAGAUGGAGAUUCGGCCCGAUGAUCCACGGGAGAUGAUCUGGUUGUUGAACAAUCGUACAGAUUUCUCUGCAGAUGGGUGGGCUAGUAUUGUUGGACGAGAGGGGCUGAGUAUUCGAGUACUGGAUGAAGUGAAUCAUUUCACAUUGAUGGACAAGGGACCUAAAACGGUCGAGAUGGGAGAUGCUGUGGCUGGGUUUUUGAAUCGAGGCUGA